AACAGGCCCAGCCAUCCAUCCUCGGGCAUCAAAGGACUGUGUGAGACGCGGAGGUAUCGAUGUGGGAAAAUGCCUUCCAUUGGAAUGGACUCCACUUUGCUUCUUCAUUAAGAAUUUCAAUCGAGAAAAAGAAAAUCGAGAGACACAGAGAGAGAGAGAAAUUCGGAUUACCUUUAUAAAAUUCAACGACGCGGCAGAUUGAUCAGAAUGCGCUCCUUCCCACCAAAUUCCUCUCCUCUUCUUUCUCCGCUGCUCCUCUUCUUUGUCGUUUCCGCUGCGAUCGCCACCAUGACCGACUCCGUUCCUUCCGCCGCCGCCGCCGCCGCCGCUCAGCCGGCUUCCGCCGCUGUUCACAUCGUCUACACCGAGAGGCCGGAGGGGAAUGAAGAGCCGGAGGCCUAUCACAUCCGAACCCUCGCCUCCGUCCUCGGCAGCGAGCAGGCUGCGAAGGAUGCUAUGCUGUACAGUUACAAGACGGCUGCGUCUGGCUUCUCAGCUAAGCUUACUCCAGAGCAGGUCGAGCAGAUCUCAAGACAACCCGGUGUACUUCAGGUUGUCCCGAGCAGGACUGUCCAGCUGCAUUCUGGACCGGGGAAGCUCCACUAGAGGACUUGCCAAAGCAAUAUAUAUCAUCUGAUAAAUGUGUAACCAAUGAGUGGAUUGUUUUUCUCUUACUGCAUUAGCAAACGUCUUCUGUGCACUUACUACAGAUGGUAUAUGGCCUGUAAAAACACAGUUUAUGUUUUAAAUAAAGGGUUAAAGACAUAUUUGGUCACUGAGAUUACUAAAUCGGGAUAUGUUUAGUCACUAGAAAAAAUUAAUAUCAAUUUUAG